AUGUUUUCGGCAAUUCGCAAAAAACUUGGUGGUGAUAAAGAUGGUCAUAAUGGUCCGCAAAAUGUACAAAUGCCAAUUGGAGUACAACGGGUGGAUCCAGAAUUGCAGAGGAAAUUUGCGAAAGGAGUCCAGUAUAAUUGUAAGUUUUUGCAAUUAUGAAAUUUGAAAAAAAACAAGAAUGAAACGUUGCUAUGAAGUUUUCGGCUACGUGUUUAGGUCGUAUCUUACAAUGAUAUCUCACAAAGUUUCAUAAAAUUUUAGACGCGUCACUUCACGUCAAAUUAUUUAAAUUAGAUCUAGGGCACAGAAGUAGGUCAAGUGGAAGGACAGAUCACCGUUCAAUAUAUAAGAAAGAAAUUAUUUUCAGUGAAAAUUGUGAUACGCGGUGAUCGGAAUGUUGGAAAAACGUGUUUAUGGAAAAGGUUACAAGGUUUACCUUUUCAAGAAGAUUAUGUGGCUACUGAAGAAAUACAGGUUGGAAAUGUACAUUGGAAUUAUCGAGCAACGGAUGAUGUUGUCAAAGUUGAUGUUUGGGAUAUUGUGGAUCAAUCAACAAAAAAACGAGUUAAAGAUAAUAAAUUGAAAUUGUCAACUAAUGGGACGGAUAACAAAGCCAAUGAAGCUUUGGAGGUAAGAGUUCGAUACCAUUUUUAAGUAAUUCCGAAAAUUUAAAAGCUGCGAGAAAAUAAUGAGAAAGAAAAUGAAAAAUUCGAAAUAAUUUGAAAACUGUUUUGACACUUCUGAAUCAAUGUUUUGAAAGUUUAAAGUUAAAAAAUUGAGAAUAUUCAAAUCUUUUAAAUAAUACUGAUUAGUUUGUCAUUUUUCAGAAAUACGAGGAGACAGCUUGCGAUGCCAGAUUUGUUGAUGUUUAUAAGGGAACAAACGGUGUGAUAUUUGUAUUUGAUAUAACCAAACCUUGGACAUGGGAAUAUGUUGAACGAGAAAUUGUUAAUGUUCCAAAUAAUAUACCCGUAAGAAUUCAUUGAUCUUUUUUUUCUCACGUCAACAAGAAUUUUCAGGUACUGAUUCUUGCAAAUCGUAGGGAUAUGGGACAUCACCGCUUGGUAACUGAUCUUCAGUGUUCUACGUUUGUUGAUUUAUUCAACAGCAAUCAUCCAUCUCCCGAUGGUUCACCUCGUGCAAGAUUCACUCCAUCUUCAAUGCGAUAUGCAUUUGGAUUGAAACUUGUUCAUCAAUUUUUCAACAUUCCAUUUUUAUGUUUACAACGAGAAAGUCUUCAGCGCCAAUUGGAAACUAAUAAAAGUGAAAUUGAAGCAAGUUAUUAUGAAUUGGAUUAUUAUCAAGAAACACCAGAAGCUAAUUAUGAUACAUUCAUUGAGUUGGUGAAUCAAAAAAGAAGAGAAACUGCUGAUAAAAAUAGUAAAGUUCCGAUGCAACCAAGUGGGCGAGUUAUGGGUGGAGGGCAACCAAUUCCUGGACAAGUUAUAACAUCUUCUCCGUGAGUUUUUCUUCUAGUAAUUAUCGAAUACUGAUUCCUGACUGAAAAUUAUUGAAAUUCCUUAUUUUUCAGCGUCAAAAAAGUCGAAGUAUCGGUAGACCAACGAAAAAGUUCAUUUGAAAUUGUUGGCGAUGAUGAAUCUGGAAUCAACAGUUUUUUGAAUGAUAAUGAAGGAACUUCUUCGAGCAUCACUAAAACAAAAGUGGAAAAUAGUGAUAGGUAAGUUAUCUAUGCUUGUUUCAUGUUUCAAUUUUAAUUUUUUCAGCGAGGAAGAAAAUACAAUGGUGAAAAAGUUCGAAGAAGAUUUUGAGGAUGAUACUGAUCUUGCUGACAAAAUGGCGCAAAUGGGAGAAAUUCGCAGAGAAAGCGUUAAAAAAAUCGCGAAAAUUCCGGAUAUUUUGGAAGCCAUCCCACCGGUUACUCAAAACACUAGAGAUAUUGAAACUGAAUCGCCGGGUCCAAACACUUCUGAUUUUUCAAAUAUCACUGAACAUGAUAAAAAAUCACCGAUUAAUGUUGUUAUGACAUCGGCCGAUUUGGAUGCUUGGCUUGGAAGUGAUGAUAAUUCACCAAAUUCGAAUAGUUUUUCAACAAUGAAUGAUGCAUUGAAAAAUGAAAGUAGUGAUGAAGAAUUUGGAAUUGAAUUGCCCUCUGUAUCCCCACAGCCUCCAAUUAUUCAAAUUCAAGCUCCAGUUGUAAUUCCAAAUUCGGAGGAAAUCCCGAAGAAAAAGAAAACCAAGAAAACAUCCAAAAAAUCCGAACUUGAUGAAACUGCACCAAAAAAGAAAUCGACCACAAAAAAGAAGAAAUCUGAAAAGACAUCUCAAUCAAUCCUUGAAGAUUUUCUUGGACCACCGGAACAGGUGGAAACCUCUGAAUAUGAUCCUCUAUAA